CGCCGAAACCUCCUAUACGCUUUCUAAUGUUGGCCCUUACUUUCUGACUUCCUACCCGAAGGUAGCCUGAUCUAGGCAAUACACAUUUGAGCUCAGAGAGCUUCUUGUCUUUAUUCACAUAAAUUGACCUUUAUCGAAAGCCGGUGCCUUUUCCUUAAAUUUCUGCUAUACAUAUACGGUAGCGAUAGCAAGUAAUCCCGAAAGGCCGGUACGCGAAAACAUCGUGAAUUGUCAUUUCAAUCUUUUGGCCCAAUCAACCGUCAUUGCGAACUCCCCAAGUCCGGGUCUAUUGGUCAUGAACGUCAUCAAGCUUCAGAGGAAAUAUCCUCAAUUCGAACAGGGCGACAUAUUCGCCCUAACGGACGCCUUCCGCAAACUCGAUGUCGACGAUAAAGGCUAUCUCGACGAAGCUACUGCCAUCAAGGCUACUCAGCAAAGCGAGCGACAGCCAUACGAUGUUGUGAGACAAGCCCUGAAAGAAGUCGACCUUGACUCUUCUCGAAGAGUUGAACUUGAAGACUAUGUUGGCUUGAUCGCAAAGCUACGCGAAUCGUCUCCCGCGCAACGGCGUAUGAAUACUGGUGGUGUCGCACCGUCUUCUCCGGCAGGUGUUGUAGCUCAGAGGACAGGUGGACAUUCCUCCAAAGGAAGCAUCGGCAAGAUCCAUGUCCAAGGCUCCAGUGCCAACGUCACUCACACUAUCAAUGAGGAUGAGCGAACCGAGUUUACUCGCCACAUCAACGCCGUAUUGGCCGGCGACCCCGAUAUCGGGAGUCGAUUACCCUUCCCAACCGACACCUUUGAGAUGUUCGACGAGUGCAAAGAUGGUCUUGUUCUCGCUAAGCUUAUCAACGACAGCGUCCCGGAUACGAUCGACGAACGUGUAAUGAACGUCCCGGGCAGGAAAAUAAAGAAGUUGAAUGCGUUUCACAUGACAGAGAACAACAAUAUCGUCAUCGAAUCCGCCAAAGGUAUUGGAUGUUCCGUCGUCAACAUCGGCAGCGGUGAUAUCAUAGAGGUUCGUGAGCAUCUUAUUCUAGGCCUGAUUUGGCAAAUCAUUCGUAGAGGUCUUUUGGGCAAGAUCGAUAUCAAGCUUCACCCCGAACUUUACAGAUUACUUGAGGACGAUGAGACCCUAGAGCAAUUUUUACGAUUGCCUCCGGAGCAGAUCCUUCUAAGAUGGUUCAACUACCAUCUCAAGGCAGCCGGCUGGCAACGCCGAGUCAAUAAUUUCUCGACCGACGUGAAGGAUGGAGAGAACUACGCAGUUCUACUAGCACAAAUUGGUCGGGAUUAUGGCUGCAGCAGAGCUCCUCUUCAGACGCGCGAUUUAUUGCAAAGAGCUGAGGAGGUGUUGGUUGACGCCGACAAACUCGGCUGCCGAAAGUUCUUAACCCCGACUUCCCUCGUGGCAGGAAACCCUAAGCUCAACCUUGCCUUUGUCGCCAAUUUGUUCAACACUCAUCCAGCUCUAGAUCCGAUUACGGAAGAGGAGAAGCAAGAGGUAGAAGACUUCGAUGCUGAAGGUGAACGAGAAGCCAGGGUAUUCACAUUGUGGUUGAACAGUCUGGACGUACAGCCAGCGGUAGUUUCCUUCUUCGAUGAUCUCCGUGACGGCUCUAUUCUGUUACAAGCCUACGACAAGGUCAUCAAGGGAUCAGUAAACUGGAGGCAUGUAAACAAGAGGCCUGCUCACGGCGGCGAGCUGAUGAGGUUCAAGGCCAUCGAGAACACGAACUACGCUAUUGAACUUGGUAAACAGAAUGGAUUCUCUCUUGUUGGAAUCCAGGGCGCGGACAUCACCGACGGGACCAAGCUGCUCACAUUGGGUCUUGUCUGGCAGCUGAUGCGAAAAGACAUAACUUUGACGCUCUCGGCUUUAGCGCAACGUCUUGGGAAACGAGAAAUUACUGAUGCCGAGAUGGUGAAAUGGGCGAAUGAGAUGUCUCGAAAAGGGGGCCGAAAUUCGUCUGUCCGGUCCUUCAAGGAUCCCGCUAUUGGCAGCGGUGUCUUCUUCCUAGACGUGCUGAACGGUAUGAAGAGUAGCUAUGUUGAUUACGACCUCGUCACCCCUGGCCAGACGGAUGAAGACGCAUACAUGAAUGCCAAACUUAGUAUCAGCAUUGCCAGAAAAAUGGGUGCAACUAUCUGGCUAGUCCCCGAGGAUAUUUGCCAAGUUCGAAGCAGACUAGUUACCACUUUCAUUGGUUCUCUUAUGGCGACUCACGAGAAGAUGCAGUAGACGGAAAUUUCUUUUAGUUUGUCUCGUAGCGCAACAAGUGAGCGAAGAAGGGUCUAGGUUACUGGAAAAGUUAGGGAGAAUCUGAUGAUGAUACGUUUGAGCUUAUUGCGUUGCCCAUCAGCCUUACCAAGUUGCGAACGCAGUCUUCACUUAGUAGGCAUCAUUCCUUUUUUAUUUUAUAGAUCAGAAAAUGAGGAUAUUCUUGCAUUGAGUGA